GCCAGCCGGCGCUCCGGCUUCUCGGUGUCCCUUUAAAAUCUGAAACCAAGGGUAAUGAUUUAUCAAACUCUUAUUAUCAAGAAAAUGUCACACGAAGGGCACCUUGCUAUGCACUGACGCAAACUCAGUCUUUCCCAAGGAAGUAUAGAAAGCUUUGCUCUGAACUGGGAAAAUCCAGUCUGUCAAUUGCCUGUGCCGCUGUUUUUACCUCUAUCGGCUCGAUCUGUGGCUAUUUAAGACAUGGAUUACGCCAGUCAAAGGGAUAUGAGCAAGCAGCCUGUGAACAAACCUGAAGCGGUGGCUCCCGGACCCAAUGAAGGUGCGGGAGUUGUAAGAAUCAGCCCCGAAAAUGAGCCGCAGAACGCCCCUCCGCAAGCCCCCGCCGCGACGGUCAGGCUUUCCCGGUCACUCUCUAACGACAGCAAAACCGUUCCCUCCGAAGAAGCGAAACCAAGCGAUUUUGAGAGGACCAAAGUCGGGAUCUGCAAGCUCAGCAGCACCCCGGUGCAAGCCAACUCCACCCUCCGGAGGGAAUCUGUGGAAACCUUUCCCUGCAAGCCUAGCCCCGGGGCAGGGAUCGCCGGGCAAGCUGCUAUCCCUCAUUGCAAAAUUCCCGCUUUGCAAAGCACAGACGGGGACGCUACCCUAAGCCUUGGUAAGAGCACGCUGGAGCAAAACAACGCCAAGGGCGCCUGGGUGACCUUGAGCCAGAGUACCGUGGUGCUGGGCACAGAUGGCAACGCUUCUGUUCUUCCUGGCAGAGUGGAGGGGGAAGACGAUGUGGGGGAUGAAAAUAAAGCCCGAGGGAACUGGUCUAGCAAGCUGGAUUUCAUCCUCUCCAUGGUGGGUUAUGCAGUGGGGCUGGGCAAUGUCUGGAGGUUCCCGUACCUGGCCUUUAAGAAUGGGGGAGGUGCGUUUCUCAUCCCCUAUUUGAUGAUGUUGGCUCUAGCUGGGAUCCCCAUUUUCUUCCUGGAAGUCUCCCUGGGGCAGUUUGCUAGUCAGGGCCCCGUGUCGGUCUGGAAAGCCAUCCCCGCCUUGCAAGGCUGCGGCAUCGCCAUGCUGAUCAUCUCGGUUCUGAUAGCCAUAUACUACAAUAUUAUUCUGUGCUACACACUCUUCUACCUUUUCGCCUCCUUUGUACCCGUGCUCCCCUGGGCUUCCUGUAACAACCCCUGGAACACGCCAGACUGUAAAGAUAAAACCAAACUUUUGCUAGAUUCCUGCAUUGUCGGCGACCACCCAAAAAUACAAAUCAAGAACUCUACUUUCUGUAUGAGUGCCUAUCCAAACUUAACCAUGGUUAACUUCACCAGGGAAGGAAACAAAACGUUUGUCAGUGGGAGUGAAGAAUAUUUCAAGUACUUUGUAUUGAAGAUUUCAGCAGGAAUUGAAUAUCCUGGUGAGAUUAGAUGGCCCUUGGCUCUAUCUCUUUUCCUAGCUUGGGUGAUUGUUUAUGCCUCCCUUGCUAAAGGAAUCAAGUCAUCAGGAAAAGUUGUGUACUUCACAGCUACAUUCCCCUACAUAGUUCUCAUCAUCCUUCUCGUAAGAGGAGUAACUCUACCUGGAGCUGGAGAUGGGAUCUGGUACUUCAUCACACCCAAGUGGGAGAAGCUGAUCGAUGCUAUGGUUUGGAAGGAUGCUGCCACUCAGAUUUUCUUCUCCCUAUCUGCAGCAUGGGGAGGUCUAAUUACCCUCUCUUCAUACAACAAAUUCCAUAAUAACUGCUACAGGGACACAUUGAUAGUCACGUGUACCAACAGUGCCACAAGUAUAUUUGCAGGCUUUGUCAUCUUCUCAGUUAUUGGCUUCAUGGCAAAUGAACUCAAAGUGAAUAUUGAAGCUGUGGCAGACCAAGGUCCUGGGAUUGCUUUUGUGGUUUAUCCAGAAGCCUUAACUAGGCUGCCCCUCUCUCCCUUCUGGGCUAUAAUAUUCUUUUUGAUGCUUCUAACCCUUGGAUUAGACACUAUGUUCGCCACCAUCGAGACUAUCGUGACCUCUGUGUCAGAUGAGUUCCCCAAGUACUUACGCACGCACAAGGCACUGUUCACUCUCGGGUGCUGCGUGUCCUUCUUCAUCAUGGGAUUUCCUAUGAUCACUCAGGGUGGAAUGUAUAUGUUACAGCUUGUGGACACUUAUGCAGCCUCUUACUCUCUUGUCAUUAUUGCCAUCUUUGAGCUUGUUGGAGUUUCCUAUAUCUAUGGAUUGCAAAGAUUUUGUGAAGAUAUAGAAAUGAUGAUUGGAUUCCAGCCAAGUAAAUUCUGGAGAGUCUGUUGGGCAUUUGUGACCCCAACUAUUUUAACAUUUAUUCUCUGCUUCAGUUUUUACCAGUGGGAACCCAUGACUUAUGGAGCUUACCACUACCCAGGCUGGUCCAUGGUGCUCGGGUGGUUGAUGCUGGCCUGCUCAGUCAUCUGGAUCCCAGUUAUGUUUGUGAUAAAAAUGCAUCUAGCCCCAGGCAAAUUUAUUGAGCGGCUCAAGCUGGUGUGCUCUCCACAGCCUGACUGGGGCCCGUUUCUGGCCAAGCACCGUGGCGAACGUUACAGGAACAUGAUUGAUCCGCUGGGAACCUCCUCCCUGGGACUUAAACUGCCAGUGAAGGAUAUGGAAUUGGGGACCCAGUGCUAAUAAUUAUUACAAAAGGGUGGCAAUAACAUUGUCAGGCUUCUCUGAUUUUUUUCCCCCCACUGUUUCUUCUUUUCUUUUCCGCAGUGCCUGAAAGUGGUUGCUUAGGAAAGCAGGAUUUACUGUUGCAUGCUGUAGGGAAGGCCUAACUAGACCACUUCCAGGUGUAGGUGAUGCCCGUGACGUGUUCUGUACCUGGUGACACAGCAAAAGCCCUGUGUGGGACAGGUGACAUAACCAGGUGUUGUCAGGUGAUGUAGGAAUAAACAAAACCAAACCUAAAAAUCUUAAGAGGAAAUGAUGUGCGCAGUUUGACCCAUUUCCCACAAGCACCCUUGUAGCAGGUGGCUGUGAUGGGACUAGGCUUUUGCUACCAGUGUGUUCCAAGGAAAGUUCAGCCCUCAAAUAUGAUGGAAGUGAGCAAAGAUCUCCUGAAGCCCUGAUGUAAAUCCAGCAUAAGGCUCCUAUAGCAAUGGGGUUGCUUUUUCUACACUGACAGCCAACCUUGGCCCAUCAGGUCUGCACACCUCCUUUAUGAUUUAUACUAACUUGGAGAGAUUGUUAUGUUAUUUAAACAAGUGGAGACCCUUGAAACAGCACACCAGGAAGCAAUAUGUGGGGUGAGAACUGAAGCACAAUAAUCCAUUUGAUCUUUUCAAGUAGAAAAAUAAGAACAAAAUCUUUAAAAAUGAUCAAUUGAGACUGGGACUAAACUGCAUUUGAGUCUAGAAGUGGUUUGGAAAUGGUGCCAGAAUUAGUUGUAUGGGCAUCACUGUUUAAAGUCCUGUCAUAUGUUUCAUUUGAUAAUUUGAUAUCUGUCAUUUCAACUAGGAAUGCCUCAGUUAUACAAAGUGUCUGAAAACUUGCUCCACGCCAAGUGCACCUGUGGUUUUACUCACUUUACUCCAAUACUCUGAACAUAAUUUUCCUUGUUUCUCUGCUUUUGUUUACAGUAUCUCCUCAAGAAGCCAUCAUAUAAUUUGUGCCUAACUUUGUAUUCUUACAGUGGUAAGUGUAGUCUAGUUACCACCUGAAAACAGUUAUUAGAAGUUAGAUGUGCUGUUCAACUUUGUGACUCCCCAUUAAUUUGCCUAUAAGCAUCUUUAUAUAACCUGUAACCUUCAGAGGGUGUAUUCUUCUCUUUCAACCAAUGGGGAAAUAGCAGGACCCCACUUGUCUAUAUAUUAUAUAUAUAGCACGUAAAUUCUUCAAAGCAGUAUUCUCUCUGAAACGUGCAUAGGGUAUUUUUUUCAUUAAAACAUUUGCAUUAAAUAAAAACCCCCAAAUCCACAAUAAUUAACCACUGCAGUCAUCCAUACAGAUGCAACAAUAGAUCUAGAAAAUGCAAGGGUUGGGGGGAGAGGACAGUUUAGUAGAUGGCCAUCAUAACAUUGCAUAGCAGUAGGACAUCCUAAAUCAUUACAUUUUAGAAAUCAGAUAUAAGCAGUCAUAUGAAUAUUAGACUUAUGUAGUUUUCUUACCUAUUGGGCAGAGUAAAAAAUAGAGCUUUUUAAGAGUACAUUUAUUUACCUAAAUAGAAAAUUAGCCCAACUUAUUGUAAAUGCACUAGAAUGAGGGAGAAAAAUAUAUCUUCAAUAAUUGGCGAAAUUAACAUUUAUUAUCUUGUUAUAUCCUAUACAUACAUAUAUGAUAUUUUUUAACAGUGAUCAGUGUUCAUGCAGUGUGUGCUAGUGAUGUUUUUGUCCCUAUAAAUAUCUUACCAAUCAGUGUAGAAAUGAUGAGCUUAGUAGUUUAGCCAGUUUUUUCCUCCCCACAGACACUACUGUAGUAGCCUGUAAAUGGUUCUUUCCUUUCAGGGGCUGUUUCUAUCCCGUUCUUUUGUCUGUCUGUCUUCAUAUUACAGGGUCUCAGGUAAAUCCUCAGUUCAUGUGUGUCUGUAGAUCAGUAGGUGUGUUGUUUCAUCCCGUUGAAGAAAACAAAAAACUAAACUUUACAGUAACACUUCCACAAAUUGUUAACUCCUUUUCUCUGUGUGUGUGUAUAUAUAUAUGUAUAUGAAAUAUAUUACUCAUUUUGCUGAACUUCCUCUUUCAUGGGGCAAUUAGUGUUGCCAGUUCUAGGCACUGCUGGAGACCUUUAAUCCUCACACAGGACAAGUGAAGCACUAUCAGGGGUUGUCACCCAGGGCAGGGACGGCAGAUUCCACAAUAUUUUACACUGACGCCUGAAUCUCCGCUCCACGGGCUCUUGUUGGUCCCUGUCUCACACAGCAGCAAGACAGGACCCUCCUGUGAGCUUCUCUGCCUUAAAGCUGUUCCCCUUUGCUUCAGCUUUGCCUGCUGUUUUAAUAAAAGACUUGCUAUUCUUACUUCUGGCUUUUAUUUUCCUGACAGAGGCAGGUUUGAGAAGCCAUGCUCUGUUUGACCUCAUGAAGGUCUACAAGGAUGAGCUGGAAAUUUGGUUACCACAUCUAGGUGGGGCUGAGGGACCUUCCCUGGGUGCAGAAAGGAACCUAUUGAUUCUGUGAUUCUAAGUCAGCACCUCUCUUGGGAAUUAUGCAUUUCUGUUGGGAUAAAUCGUUUUGGGUCUCUCUUGACCAACACUGCCUCGUACCUCGGUUUGAUUUUUGGAGUCCAAGCCAGUUUGUCUUCGCCACUGAUGUCACUAAAAACCAACAACAAAUAUAACAAAUACCCAUAGGUUUGGUCCUCUUUGAAAAAGAGAAAACACAGUCAAAUAAUUUGAGAGUACUGAAUCCUUUCACUUACCAGCUUGUCUCAAGGCUUGCACUGGAACUGGGAUUAACUCAUUGCCAUAAAGUUCCCUCAGUGUAAGGAUGUCAGCUACUGCCUACCUGAAUUAUGAAAGAGAUAUCAUUUGAAGUAAUACUGCUGGGGUAUGGUAUCUUUUGGCUUGGAUUACCAAACCAGACUGCAUGUGAAAUUGCAACUGAAUUGCUUUCCAUGAUUUAUGUAAUUAAUCUGCUUGCUUUUAAUUUAGAUGUUGUUCCUGUGCCUGCUAAGUCAUUAGCACAGGAUUAAGCUUGAAUUUGAAACUCUGUAAACAGAUGAUUGUGAUUUUUUUGCUUGCUGAUCUUUGUCUUCAGCUUUGACCCCAUAGCUAGGCUUGCAAAAACCUUUGGAAAAGGGGAGAAAUGCAUAUAAAAAUCACAGAAGAUGUGAAAUUUUCACUGUACGUGAAAAGCAGGGGUUUUUUUUGGUCACAUGAGACUUUUUCUAAAGUAUUUUACUGUUCAAAUCUGAAAGUUGAGAUUAAAUUAACCAGCAGUGUCUUCUUUAACUGAGAAGUUACCUUGAAGUUUGGGAAUGCACUUCAUUUACCAUGUUCUAAGGGAAGUUUGCAUGUACUUUGAUAAUUUUCUAAAAAUAAAUUUAGUAACUAAUAGCAUAACAGUAAAGAUCUUUAAAAGAAAAAAAAGGAGGGGAAAAAGCCAUAUUAGUAAAAAUGUGAUGUAUGUACUUUCAGAUCUAUCUAUCUUGUGAGUAAAAAAUGUUUAAAUUUGGUGAAAUUAUGAUGCAUAUUUUUUCUUUGAAAUUAAAUUGAAUUUCUGGAUGAGCUGAGAUGCAUUAUUGUAUGCAUUAAAGAUUAUACCUAAUGCAAAUGCUUGCCAUCUUCAAAUUCUUUGGGGUCUUCCUAGUGUUUUUAAUAUGCAAUGUUCAAAACCUGUGUUUCAGCUAGACAAGGCAGCACUUUGUUUCCAAAAGAAGGGUUUAACAAAAUGACCUUUAAUUGAGAAAGACUUGGAUUGUCUUUAUCUGAUGUUUCAAUUGAGUCCAAGUAGUCUUUUGAUUCGUUUCUGCUCCACUGACCACAUUAGAUGUGCCUCCACACUGAAGAUCAUUGCUUCUGAUACACUGUGUGACUAUCUCUUGCCAUCAAAUUCCAACACUGAUUUUAAAUACCUUUGGUCUUUUUGUUAUGUACAAUUGUAUGGAUAAUAUGACUUCUUUUUGCCUGUGUUAAAGCAAUGUUUAUGCAUGGCAGUCAUUGGUCUCCUGUUGGUUUCUUAUUCUGCAGCUCCAAUUCUUCUUGCAAUCAAGGACAGACUUGUAGGAACUAUGGGUUGCAGACAGCAGAGCUUUCUGACCAGAGGCAUCCCAGAAAGCUUCUCUGUUCUGCUGUUGCAAGAGACACUUGUUGCUUGGUUUGUAGUUAGAUAGUGUGCACAUAAGGUACCUGUAAGAUGGUCAGAGCUUGAUAUUCCUGAGGGUCUCAGGUUGGUGACUUGAGGUGGGAGGGGAUUUCUGCCUUUGUCACCCUCAGGCAGCCUAUCACUAAAGAGAGAAGGUUUUCCUGAGGGGUUUAUCAUAAUGUGAGAACUAGGUUGGAUCUUAAUGCUUGCAAUAUUUUUAUUUGCCCAUAACAUUUAAAUACAUCUUCAGGUAACCAUUUGCCUUAUAGCUAUCUUCCAUUGCUAGGAAAAUUGACUAAAACAUGUUGUUAUCUGUCCUUUAUAUUAUGUAGUAUUACCUUGUAAGGUAGAUGCUUGGCUGGUAUAAAUUGUCACAGCUUUGUCUGGAGCUGUGACAAUUUACACCAGCUGAGAAUUUGCUCCCUGUGUCCUAUGGCACUUUAUUACAGACCCAUCGCUGAUGGGUUAAAUCUUAAUUACUUGCGUAAUGUCAUAUAUAAAUAUAUAUAUAUAUAUUUACAGGCAUUCUAUGGGGUACUGCUGCCUAUGGAUAAAGAUUUGUACCCUAACCAGAUCAUUAAAAUUUUUGCAUUAGCUGUAUGUGCAAAAGAUAUAUUGUUACAAAGAAUGCAUCGUACAUAUAUCUCAUGUAGUACAUAUUAUGUUGCUGUAUGUUGUUAAUUUCAGAUAUCAUUAUUCUUGAGGCCCUACCUCAAAUUUUGUAUUUAUGUGUACAAAUGCAAUUUAUUGUAUUGUAUAUUUGCCUAAUAUAUUUGGAUGUGAUAAAUUAAAAUUAUUCAAUAAUGUAUGGGCUCUAAAGACUCUAAAUAAAUGUCCAGUGUUUAAAACAGAAAUUACA